AUGGUUGCUGAACUUGGACAAUAUGCUCAUGCAAUUGGGACAGAUUCCAACAAUUCAAUGGAACCCCAAAGUAUCAAAGCAAUUUACAUUGAACCUACGAAGGGACAACGUACUGGGCACCAAGUGCUCAACCUUAAUACUAAGAAGAUGAUUUCCCGACCCAAGGUCGUUGUACUACCCGUUACCGAUCAAAGAGAUUUGGAGACAUUUCAAGAUGGCAAUCAAAUCGCAGGAGUAGAUGACACGGCACAAGGUUACUUAGAAGAAGCCUUUGAUCAGGACUAUGAACCUGAAAAUGAAGAUGAACGUGAUUUCAAUCUACAUGGACAAUUCAAUGAUAUCAAUGACUCCGAAAGAGAAGAGCUCUUGGCAGAUGCAGACAAUGAUGUCGAUGAUAUGCCAGAACUCACUGUCAGAUUCCGUGGAAAUGACGACUAUGAAUCAGACGACAAUUUGGGUGAUGAAGGCGACAAAGAGGAAGAACCUAUUGUGGCCGUUUUGAAUCACCAUCAAGAAAAUGUCGAUAGAGGAACCGAUGAUAUUGGAAGCCUCGUUACUGAUCUGGAAGAUCUACAAGAACCGCCAGAAGAAGAGAUUGUAUUUGAGCCUGAAAUGCCUCAAGUAGCAAAAGUCACUCAAUCUGGGCAAAACGUAUGCGCAAGCUGCAAUGUCUGGGCUGAACCUUUCUCAAGUUCCAAAGAAACCAAGAGAAUGGCCUUCAAGCAGGAGUGGCAGUUCUGCCAAUAA